AUGAACCUCUUUCAAGAUAUGCUUAUUGAAUUAGGUAGCAAUUUAUUUUAAGUCACUCAAUUGGAGGAAGUGUCUAAUGGUAUUUAAUUGGGACUCCUUGUUUUGGAAGGUCCAAAUUCUGAUGAACAAAUUAGUUUUCAUCUUAAUCAAGAUAAAAACUCAGUCACUUUUGGUAGAAAGACUAAUGCAGAUAUAGCAUUUCCAGAGGAUCAUCAUUUAUCUAAUUUGCAUGCUAAAUUUUAUUUAGUAGACAAGAAUGUAACUAUUGAAGAUCAUUCUUCAACUAAUGGGUAUAUUAAAAUAUAAAUUAUUUUUUAGAACUUGGUUAAGAUUAUCUCUAGAUGGUAAACCAAGUUCAAUUUAUCCACUUACUUUAGAAGAUGAAAUGACUGUUAUUAGAAUUGGCACAGUUAAUUAAUAUCUAUGUCAAUUAGAUAAAUUAAGUAUAAAUUAUAAUGAAUACAAUUUUUGUACAUUGUGUCAUGAAAAUGAACGAGAUGCAUUGUGUCUUCCUUGUAAGCACAAUUCUACUUGUUUCAAAUGUAGUAAAAAUUUGUAAUUAUGUCCAAUUUGCAAAAUGAAGAUCUCAUAGCAAAUUAGAAUUUACAAAAAUUGA